GGCCGCUGGGGACCCCCCGACCCGCGGGGAGGAGGCGCCUCCCCACCCGAGCUGCUGAGCGCCGCGCCCUCUGGGCUCCCCGACCGGCGCGCCCCGGGGCUGGGGAGGGGCCGCGCGGGAGGGCGGGGGCACGCGGGGUGCGCGGCUGGGGCCGGGCCGGGCGGGUCAGGCUGCUCGUCCGCGGCCUCUCCCGGAGGAGCCCAGCGCUCAUCGCGAAGGGCUGUGGAGUCGCAGGCGCGAACAUGAGGCUCCUGUGGAUGGCGCUGUGCGCCCUGGCGCGCCUGGGGCCCGGGGUCCUGGCCGGCUGCACCGAGGCCGGGCGCUGCUGUCCCGGCCGGGACCCCACCUGCUUCGCCCAGGGCUGGCGGCUGGACAGAGUCUACGGGACGUGCUUCUGCGACCAAGCCUGCCGCCUCGCCGGCGACUGCUGCUUCGACUACGCCAGGGCGUGCCCAGCCCGCCCAUGCAUUGUGGGGGAGUGGAGCUCCUGGAGCGGCUGUGCUGACCAGUGCAGGCCAACUACCCGCGUGCGGAGGCGCUCAGUGAAGCAGGAGCCCCAAAAUGGUGGGGAGCCCUGUCCGCCCCUGGAAGAGAGAGCCGGCUGCUUGGAGUAUUCCACGCCUCAAGGCCAGGACUGCGCACAUUCCUUUGUUCCUGCCUUCAUAACUACCUCUGCCUUCAACAAGGAGAGGACGAGACAAGCUGCAUCUCCACAUUGGUCUACAGACACAGAGGAUACCGGCUACUGUAUGGAGUUCAAGACAGAGUCAUUGACUCACCACUGUGCAGUGGCAAACCGACCCCUGACUCAGUGGAUGCAGUAUCUACGUGAGGGGUACACCGUGUGUGUCGACUGUCAGCCUCCUGCUAUGAAUUCUGUGAGCCUUCGCUGUUCUGGAGAUGGCCUGGACUCUGAUGGAAAUCAGACUCUCCAUUGGCAAGCAAUUGGCAACCCUCGAUGUCAAGGAACUUGGAAAAAAGUUCGGCGAGUAGACCAGUGCUCUUGUCCAGCUGUUCAUAGUUUUAUCUUUAUAUAGACAAAUGUAAAUAUUUCCAGAUGUGCUUGGAAACCUGCAAGCCACCAGCAUCCAGAUGCUAACAUGAUGCCAACCGGACUUCCCUGGGCAGACGACCCCACCAAUGUGUCCUGGAGCUCCGCUUCCCCCAGAGCCCUUCCCCACUAGGGAAAGAGAGAGGCAGGCUGGGAGUAUGGAUCGACCUGUGAACACCCAUGUUCCGCGGGGAAGCAAUUACAGAAGCCAGACCUUCCACCUUCUGCACCCCACAAUGACCCUGGGUUCAUACUCCCAGAGGGAUAAAGAAUAGGAAAGCUAUCAGGGGAGGGGAUGGGAUACAGAGUUCUGGUGGUGGGAAUUGUGUGAAGUUGUACCCCUCUUAUCCUAUGUGUUGUUUUUUUUUGAAUUUCUUUAUUGGGGAAUUAAUGUUUUACAUUCGACAGUAAAUACAAUAGUUUGUACAUGCAUAAAAUUUCCCAGUUUUCCAUAUAACAAUACAACCCCCACUAUUAUCGUAUGUUUUUUGUCAGUGUUUCUUUUUUAUAAAUAAAAAUUUUAAAAAUUUAAAAAAAAAUACUAUUUUGAAGAAGAUACAUUUAGUAAAUUGGCAAGAAUAAUCCAGUAUUGAUUCUUGGUCAACACAAGUGCACUUGACUCUUCUAAUUUUCAUGAAGUAAAAUCUUGUGAGGCAUCUGGCCUGAGGAGCGCAGGGUUAAGCGCACAUAGUAAGAAGUGUAAGGACCUAUGCAAGGAUCCCAGUUCGAGCCCCCAGAUCCCUACCUGCAGGUGGGUCGCUUCACAAAUGGUGAAGCAGGUCUGCAGAUGUCUAUCUUUCUCUCCCUCUCCAUCUUCCUAUCCCCUCUCAAUUUCUCUAUGUCCUACCCCUCCCCUCCAAAAAAAAGGCCACAGGAGCAGUGGGUUCAUAGUGAUAACUCUGGAGGCAAAAAAAAAAGUGUGAAUAAUGAAUGAGAUAAUUGUUUAAAUUAUGAACAUUCUACCAUCAGUAACAGUUGAAAUAUUUUCCAAAGAUGAAAGCCUGAAACUGACUCCAGUUAACUUCCAGAGUCCAAUUUCAAGGUCAGAUGAAGCAAAUACACCACUUCCCAGCCUCUUACAGAAUACAUUUUCUGGGGGCCCAGGCAGUGGUGCACCUGGUUAAGCGCACACAUUAUCGUGUGCAAGGACCCAGGCUCAAGGACCCUUGGUCCCCACCUGCAAGGGGAAAGCAUCACUAGUGGUGACGUAAAGAUGCAGGUAUUUGUCUCUCUUCCUCUCUAUCUCCCCCCUCUCAAUUUCCCUCUGUCUCUAACAAUAAAAUAAAAUAAAAUAAA